CUGGACCAGUCCUGUGAAAAGAUCUCCAUGGAGCCUCACGCCAUUUCCCACCAUUAUUCUUCGGACAACAUCUCCCUACUAAACGACAAUUGUUCAAUUGUUUCCGUGUGCUGUCGAUGCUGCAUCAUUUCCCGUCUUCAUCUAGACUACCUGAUAGCUACUGGUGGCAGAUAGUGAAGUGCCUGCCUUGGUGUUGGUUUACCAGACAGAUUGAUUAGUUCUGGGUGCCACAGAAAACACUGCAAAAAACCGUAAUCGUGGCAAAGUCAUUGAAGAUGGUCAAGUUGGGUCUCUUAGUGACCUUGCUCUUCUUGUCCUUUAGCGUGGCGCAGGAGUGCGAUUCCAAUGGGAAUUGCGAUACUCAUGAGAGAUGCAGUGUCUGGGUUGAUGAAGGCGAAUGUAUCAGAAAUCAAGAUUACAUGAAGAAAUAUUGCCCUGUUGCUUGCAAGAAUGGUUCCAGCAAAACUGCCAAUUCCACCAGUGAUUGCAAGGAUUUGCAUCCGCGAUGUCGCAUCUGGAGAGAAUUGGGAGAGUGUUUGGAAAACCCAAGCGAUAUGAAUCGAUACUGCAAAAAGAGCUGCGAUACGUGUAAGGAAAUUUCCGAUGUGGAUGAAUCUUCCCUCUGUCUUGAUAAGAAUGAAACAUGUGCCUUUUGGGCAUCCAAAGGGGAGUGCAUUGCAAACCCAGGCUUCAUGGAGAUGAAUUGUGCCAAAAGCUGCAACACCUGUGAGAAAGUUUAUGGUAUAAAGCCAAGGAAAUUGGCAGGCAAAAAAGAGCAGCUGUUGGACUGGAGUGAAGAGGUGGGGGUACGACAAAGUGCUGUUGGCACAGAAACAGAAAGCACAUUGGCCAGGGUUCUAGCUUCCAAAAAGUAUUGGGAAGGAGAGGCUGCUGAAGCCUUGCCGUCAGAUCUCAUUGCAAAAUGUCGCAAUCUUCAUGGGCUGUGUUCCUUCUGGGCUUAUUUGGGUGAAUGCGACAAGAAUCCGGCCUACAUGGCGACGAAUUGUGGACCGGCUUGCCACACUUGCCAUCUCAUUGAUAUCAAAACCCGCUGUCCACGCCUUGAAGAUGCGAGGCCCGGACUGCAACCUGGGUCACUCAACAAAAUGUUUGAGCGAAUUGUAAGAACAGCUCCUGGAAACAACACAGAGAACUCCUGGACCAACGACAUCAAAAGAAGCAUGGAAGAGCUCGGGACACCGCCUUACACUGUCACAGUACACUCACGUCCCAGUGAAGAACCGGCUACCCAAGUUGACCCUGACUUGGACAAAUCACUGCCACCUUGGGUGAUCACAUUCGACAAUUUUAUGACUGAAGAGGAAUGUGAUGCCAUGAUUCAACUCGGCUACAAAUACAAAUACAAAGUUUCUGAGGAUGUGGGAGCGGAAAAGGCUGAUGGGACAUUUGGAUCCAUACAAAGCAAGCGGGGUACUUCUGAAAAGGCAUGGUGCUCCAGCCGUGGUGGUUGUCGCGAGGAAGAAAUCCCUAGUCGCAUCCAUGAGCGAAUUGCCCGAGUGCUCGAUAUUCCAGCACAGAAUAGUGAGGACUUUCAAAUCUUGAGAUACGAGAAGAAUCUGUCCUAUCGAACACUCCACGACUACAUCCCGCACCAAAAGGACAGACAGUGUGGACCACGGAUUCUUACUUUCUUUAUGUAUUUGAGCGACGUUGAAAAGGGUGGAGGUACAAACUUUCCCCAAUUGGAUAUUAUAGUUGAGCCGAAGAAAGGCAGGGCAUUGCUAUGGCCCAGUGUCUAUGAUUCAGAUCCCUUCAGGUCGGAUUCGAGGUUUUACCACCAGGCACAAGCUGUGGAGGAAGGCGCCAAUUAUGCCGUCUAUGGUUGGAUUCACAUGUAUGACUAUGUCACUCCGCAGGCCAAAGGUUGCAACUAGUGUAAAUCAACCAAUGCGAAUGUCAACCAUAUCACCUUGGAAUAGUUCCAGUCUCUCGAUAGGUCGUGCCUCACGUGAGCAACUAUUCCGUGAGUAGCAAUAACGAAAGUUUUUAUUAGAAAAGUGUGGAUUUCUGCU